CCUGUGAUACAAGCGAGAACACGCCAACUCCAAGUUGCUGCGAGAUCAUCUCUACGAUCAUGAAGCAGAGCUGUUUGUGCGAAGUUUGCGAGGAGCCGGAAGUUCGAGCGAGCACACAUAUGGCGCGAAAACACAUUAUCUCUUUCUACACCAUAUGCGGUGGAGAGCAGGUGCUUCCUGGCCAGUGUGGACCGGUUAACUCCCCUCCUCCUCCUGCGACGCUCCAGCAGCCACCACCAUCUUCAUCGCAUCGUGGCCGCCGCAUAUCUGUGUCAACGCUGUUGCCUUCAUUGUUAGGCGGCUUUCUUGGUUUACUGGCCAUUGCGUAUGGAGUAUACAGGCUAGUGCAAUGGGCCAAGCUGCAGGGUUUUCUUGGAGGUGUUGCUCCACCUCCAGGACCAGCCGGGUCCCAGCUCCAGGAGCAGCAGCUGCAGCAGAUGAGGGACGCCGCCGCAUCCGCAGCAGAGGAACGGCUCGAAAGAGGAGCAGCAGCUGCCCGGGUUGCCGUCUAGACAGCGACCAUUCAUUGAUCAGUUUCUUUGUCGGCUGUCUUUGUGGAUCAACUCGAUAUGAUGCAUCGUUAGUGGUUGUGUUGAGCUUUUCACCUGCUCGUGCUGGAUGCUUAAUUGCUUGGGUCGAAAAAAACAUGUACUAUUGAUUUGUCCCAGCUAUAACAUGUACUCAGGCAUUGAGAAUUCACUAUUUGAUCAACAG